AUGUCCGCCUUCGUGAAGCAGUUGCCGUUCUGGCAUUCGAUGCCUGCCUUUGGCGAAGAGGACAGUGACACGCCUCGGCUAAUCUUUCUAGCAUCUCUCAUAGUAACACUCACCUGGCUAUUGAUAACGCAAUUCAAUGACCCUCUGAGAAAAUAUCCAGGACCGUUCAUUGCCAUGACACGCGGCGACUCGCAUCUGCGCUGGGAGGCUCUUCACCGCAAGUACGGCCCUGUAGUGCGUGUCGGACCCAAUCUUCUGGACCUUGACCACCCGAGCCUCGUGAAGACCAUCUACAACAACUUCGACGGCAAGUUCCUCAAGAACAACUUCUACCGCGCUAGUAGUGCCAUCGUGAACGGCAAGAUUACAUACAACAUCUUCAGCAUGAAGGACCCUAUGGAGCACGCGCGGCAGCGCCGGCCCAUCGACAAGUUCUACACCAUGAAGGGCAUCCUGUCCCUCGAGGACCACGUCAACGACAUGGUCGGCAAGCUGUGUUCCGAGAUCGACUCGCGUUUCGCCAAGCAGGGCGUUGUGUGUGACUUGGGGGAGUGGAUUGGCUUCUACGCGUGGGAUGUCGUGGGCAAGGUGACGUUCAGCCAGCCGUUCGGCUACAUGCAGCACGGCCGGGAUUUCGACGGGACCCUAGCCAUUGCCGACAAGUCGAUCGACUACUUCUCGCUGGUAUCGCAGAUGCCGUUCCUGGACCACUGGCUGGACAAGAACCCAGUGAUGCGCGUGGGCCCCCCGGGCUUCGGCAACAUCACGCGCAUCUCCCUCGAGCACCUGGCGGCGCGUUAUCAGGGCACCGACGGGGCGUAUCACGACGCUGCCCGGCCCGACUUCCUCGAUCGUUUUAUAGAGGCCAAGGGCUCUGACGGUGACGUCGUCGACGAUGGCCAGAUAAUCUCAUAUCUCAUGAUCAACAUGAUAGCCGGCGCCGACACGACCGCCGUGGCGAUCCGGUCCCUCAUCUACCACGUGCUGAAGCACCCGGGGGCCAAGGCCAAGCUGGUCUCCGAGAUCCGCUCCUCACUGCCGUCCCCGGACAAGGCGUCGCCGGUCGCCUUCGCCGCCGCCAAGGCGCUGCCGUACCUAGAGGCCGCGGUGCGCGAGUCGCAGCGCAUCUUCCCGAGCGUCGGACUGACGCUGGAGCGCGUGGUCCCCGCGUCGGGCCUGGCGCUGCCAGGGUGCGACGGCGCCGUGGUCCCGGGCGGCGUGCACGUCGGCAUCAACCCGUACGUGGUGCAGCGGACGCCCGGCAGCGUGUGGGGCGCGGCGCCGGACGCCUUCGACCCGGAGCGCGCUGGCUGCGGGCCCCGGGGGAGUCGGAGGACGGGCACGCGGCGCGGCUCCGGGCCAUGA